UUUCUUCAAAUUAAUAAAUAAAUUUAUUUUUGCUUAGAGAAAAUAAGGAAGGCAAAUCCUUUCUAAAAGGUAAAGUAAAAACAAAUAAGGAACGCAAAUCUUUGACCGUGAUAACUGCAAAAUUUUGAAUUUUAGGAAAAAUUCCAUAGACGUACCACUAUAGACUAAUAUAAAAGGCUACGUUAGAAACCUUAGGUUCACAAACUAUUUAUUCAGCAAAGCAGAAGAAGAAAAAGGGAAGAUGAAGCGUCCUAAUUCUCUCUCCGCUUUUUUAGUUUUCCACCUCUUAAUCAUCUUUCUGUUCCAUUCCUCCGUUGCAAACGCCGAUGCUCUACAGGAGGCUUGCAAGUCUGCUGCAAGCUCCGGGACAGAAGUGACUUACGAAUUUUGCCUUCAAUUUCUUGGAGAAAAUCCCCAGGGCCAGAGUGCCAGCCUCGAAAAUUUGUUCACGUUUUCACUCGAUCAACUCGCAUCGAAUGCAACAAACAUCGUGAACUCCGUCAUUCCAAAGCUCUUGAGUAAUGAAACGUUGAGGUCUGCACAAAAGUGCUUAGAAACUACUUGUUCUGACGUUUUCAAAGGUGUACCUUCCGAUUUAGCUGGUGCUCGCAGGUACUUUAAGGAGAAAGAUUACCGUAAUGCUAUUCCUUAUGUCAGUGCCAUUACAACUGACUCGGAUACUUGUGAAGAUUGUUUUCGUGACGAUUUGAAGAGGGAGUCUCCUUUGGCUAGAGAGGACGAUAUUUUCCAUAAAAUGGCUUCAAUUUCUCUUGCUACUGUUACAAGUCUCUUAUGAAACUAUUCUCUUUAGUAAAAAAAACAAAUAGCA